UAAACUUCGAGCAUUGGGUUCUAUUUGUUUCCUCCAACUGUUGACAACAGGAAACACACAAAAGGCUACACUUGCUGACUUUUAGAGGGAGUACAGUAAAGGACUUCAAUUAAAAUCUCUUGGGAAUGGAUCCUGUGUGAAAGCAAGAAGCUAUUGUGAUAAACAUGGCAUCUCAGAGCUCCAAGAGGUGUGCGACUGUGAAGAAAAAGUUUGUUCCUAAGAUGAAGCCACCUGAACCUGUGGUGGAAUACGUUACACCUGGAGGCUAUGAGCUGGAGAAGAUCCUUAACCGUGACUGCAUGGAGUACACUCACAUCAACCAGGUCUGGCCCAACGUCUGGAUUGGAGAUGAAGAGAGUGCCAAAGACAAAUACAACCUGAAGAAAUUGGGCAUGACCCACAUCCUGAACGCAGCAGAGGGGACGUGGAAUAAUGUGGACACGGGUGCGGAGUACUACGGCGACAUGGACGUGGUCUACUAUGGGGUCGUGGCGGAGGAUACUCCAACCUUUGACCUUAGCCAGUACUUCUUUUCUGCAGCCCAGUUCAUCGACCAAACACUCAACAUACCUGAGAAUAAGCUGCUGGUGCACUGUGUGAUGGGGAGAAGUCGGUCAGCCACCCUGUUCCUGGCCUACCUGAUGAUCUGUAAGAACAUGACGGUGGUGGACGCCGUGGACCACGUGAAGCGACGCAGGCGUAUCAUCCCCAACUGGGGCUUCCUGAAACAGCUCAGGCAGCUGGACACUUACCUCUUAGAACAGAGGGACGGAGUGACGACUGACAAGGGAAAAGGAGGAGAAGAAAAGGACAAGGAAAGAGAGGAGGAUGAAUAG